AUGUUCAAAGCAGAGGUUGCAAAGGCCGGCUGGACAAAGCUGUGGGGUGACACGAGCAGGUCGGGGCUUGUGCAGUCCGAGACAAACAUCAGCGACUCGAGUCGUGCAAGUCCGAAGGCCGGCGUGAGGCUUUCGACGUGUCCGAUGCUUCGUGGAGGCAACGGCAAGCCCACUGCAGUGAGCUUCAUGAUCAGUACCAAAAGGUCUGUUCUGGCAGAGCUUCUGGCAAACAAGCUGAACCCUGGAUGCACCAUUUCAGCCACCGGAAGCAAGAAGACAAAGCCAGCUCGACCCAUUCCUACUGCAGGCAUCGCCAAGUCGAUUCAGCUGGGCCCUUGCAAAGACAGCAGCAGGUCAACAUGCGUGGAGUCCGUGGCUGACAACACGGAGUCUAUGCGCGUGCAGCUUUGCAGCGAAGCUGGUGAGCCUGGCGAAACCGUGUCGGCUACGGACAGGAAGAACACAGGGCCCGCAUGGCCAAUCCCCAGUGCCAGUAUGAAGGAACCCGAACAUGCAAACGCCUUCGAAAGUGGCGACGGCUCAAGUCCGAUCAAACUAAAUACGAGCGUGGCGCUUCCUAGCCUGAUGAAGGACCGUAGCAACACAGGGGAUUCAGUACCUGAGAAGUCACAUGCCAGAAGAACUGUUCCUGGCCACGCCGCGCCGGACACAGGCGGUGCACUACCCAAGCACGCAGAGUUGUGCAAAGAUGCACUUGGCCCAAGUGUGGCAGGGUCCAAAGCAGGCAACAAAAGGUCCAUAUGA